CUGGAAUCUCUUCCCGGAAGAGAUUCGCUCGCCUGAACCGACAUGGGGCUGUGCUUGAGCAAACAGCGGGCGAAAGAUGGAAGCGCCGACAGUGUUAGGUCGCAUAUGGUCAGAGAGCGAAAGGGUACCAAGGUGGAGGACCUGUAUGAGACCAUCUCUGUCAUCGGGAAAGGAUCGGUGGGGAUGAUUUCGAAGGUGAAACACCGCCAAACCGGUGUGGAGUACGCCCUCAAGACUAUCCAGCUUGAGAAGAUCUCUCGUUCGAUGCUGAAGGAGAUGCGAAACGAGAUCGAAAUUCUUAAGCGGCUCGACCACCCCAACAUCAUCCGAGCAAUCGAAACGUUCGAGUCGGACAAAGAGGUAUACCUUGUGAUGCGGCUUUGCACGGGGGGCGAUCUCCACCGCCGAGCCCCGUACGCCGAAUCGGCUGUGGUCGACAUCAUCACCAAGCUGUUGUCGGCGACGUGGUACAUGCACCAGCAGGGGAUCGUCCACCGAGACCUGAAGCUAGAGAACGUGGUGUACGAGAGCACUCUGCCUGACUCUGACAUCUUCAUCAUCGACUACGGCCUUUCCAAGAUUAUCGAAAGGGACGAGGAUCGGAUGAACGAGGUGGUUGGCACCUUGUAUACGAUGGCGCCGGAGGUGCUUAACGGCGGGGUGAGUUACGACAAGUCGUGCGACAUGUGGUCGAUCGGCGUGAUAGCCUUCGUUCUACUCAGCGGUGAUAUGCCGUUCGACACCACUACCAAGCAGAGGCUCAUCAAGGCCGUAGAGGACGGGCGCUUCGAGUUCUCUGGCAGGCGGUGGAACAGAGUCAGCAGCGAAGCCAGGAGCUUCAUCCGGCACAUGAUGGUGAAGAAGCCGUCAGGGAGAUACACGGCAGGGCAAGCGUUGCAGCACAGCUGGAUUCAAGGUUGCAAGCUGUCGGACGAGCAGCGGAUGCUCUCGCCCGCUCCCACCGUGUUUGAAAAGGAGGAUCACGACCGAGUCGUGGUUUCCAUGAAGAACUUCGCUCUCUACAGCAAGGUGAAGAGGACGGCGCUGAUGCUGGUGGCCUACAGGAGCAAGCCAGAGGAAACGAAGGCGAUGCGGAGCGCGUUCAAGGCGUACGACGUGGACCAGAAUGGUCGCGUCAGCCGAGCCGAGUUCCAGAAGGUUCUGAAGAAACAGGGCUACUCCGACGCAGAGCUGGUCGGUCUUUUCGACGAAGUGGACGACGACCAUGAUGGGUUCCUGCAUUACACCGAGUUCCUCGCGGCGACGCUGGAGACAGGCGGGAAGGAGAUGACAGACGAGCGGCUCGCGGAGGCCUUCGAUCUACUCGACAUGGACGAUUCUGGGUCCAUUUCGAAGGAAAACUUGCUGGAGUUCCUGGGCAAAGACUCGAAGGGGUACGAUGUGACGCAGCUGAUCGCGGAGGCGGACGAGGAUGGCACUGGUGCUAUCAACCUUCAUGAAUUCUGCAACCACAUGCGAAAGAGGGUAAGCUCUGGAAACGAAGCUGUGAGUGACUGA